GAACGUCAUGCGCGUGGACGCGCUAUGUCAGUGCCGAACGCCGCGGCGGAUCGGUUUGUCGGCUACCGGCAUUCGGCGAGCGAGGAUUGUCGAACGGUCCUGGCCAUCAUCAUCGACGUCGGACGGUGGACGCGCAGUCUAUCGGUAGAGCGACGACAUGCAGAACAUGCUCGAGCCACUCCUCGACAUCCCGACGGUCUACUACGGGGCGCUGCUGGGCAUCGGAUUCUGCGUGUAUUAUCUUUUCGAAGUUGUCAAAAAGCCGAUGCUGGUAUGCGCGAACGGGCCGUUCCGAUCGUUCCUCGAGGACCACGUGCCGUUGGUCAGUAACAAAUUUUGGCCGACCUUAUGGUGCUUCGAAUCAAGAGCGCAGACCAUUAUAGCGAGCCUGCUCAGAGCGCGGAUCUUACCACCGAUUGUUUAUCGCAGAGAAAUCCUGACCUUGUCGGACGGAGGUGAAGUGGCUCUGGACUGGGCCGAGGAAGGAUCCUCCGUGACCUCGCCGAUCGUGAUCAUUCUGCCGGGGCUGACCGGUGAGAGCCAGGCGGAGUACAUCAAGUGUCUGGUCACAUCUGCGAAAAAAGUCGGCAUACGGUGCGUGAUCUUCAAUAACAGGGGCCUGGGAGGCGUAGAAUUAAAGACUCCUCGGACGUAUUGCGCGGCGAACAGCGACGACCUGUCCGAAGUUAUUGAACACGUGAGGAAACUUUACCCCCAUGUGCCUCUCGGAGCGACGGGGAUCUCCAUGGGAGGAUUAAUACUGGGUAACUAUCUAGCCCAGCAAGGCGUUAUGGCGCGGAAUAAAUUGAGAGGAUGUUUCCUGAUUUCCGUCCCUUGGAACGUUUUCGCCGCGGCGAAAAACACGGAAGAGAAUUACUUCAAUCGGAUGAUGAAUAAAUACCUGGCUAGCACGCUGCGCAAAAACGUACAGCGGUUACAUUACGCUACAGAAAGCGGGUUCUUCGAUGUGGACAUCGAGACUCUUCUUAAAAGCCAAACCGUACGAGAAUUCGACUCGCACUUCACGGUGAAACAGUUCGGCUACAGAGACGUGGAGGAGUACUACUCGAAUGCAACCAUACACGACAAAUUGCACUUGAUUGAUGUGCCGCUAUUAUGCCUCAGCGCUGCUGAUGACCCAUUUCAACCAGUUCAAGCGAUCCCAUUGAAGGAGAUAUCGGAAACGAAAAAGGUUGCUGUUGUGGUAACGUCGCGCGGCGGCCAUAUUGGCUUCUUGGAGGGCAUGUGGCCGGUCAAAGAGGAACAGUACAUAGGCAAAUUGUUCUCGCAGUUCUUCACGGCGCUGUUCACCACCGACGUAGACCAUCAAUUGUUGUGACGAACUUAUAGUUUCAAAUUCAUCCACGACAAUCGGUAUCGAAAUGUGUUGUUUACAUUUGGAAAUUAUAUAAGAGGAAACGAUCACGUGCCAUGAUUGAAUGCAUUCAGGGUACCGCACAUGUGAUGUUAGUAGUGAUAAGAAUAACGGAAGUUUCAUUACUUUUAUAAAAAAAAAAGAAAAAACAUUUUUACCAAUGGUCCACGGAGCAAUAGUUACUAAUGGUAUAGGUAUAAUUUUUUACAAAAUACACGACAGAUAUACGCACAUUCAUUUUCGCGUAUAUAGGAAUAUUAUAGUGAUAUUUAUUAUUAACGCAAUAAGUUUAACGUGAACGUUUUGUAACUAAUCAUUAUCAGAAUACAUUUAACUCCGUUUCGUUAAUGGAAGAGGAUACACGAUCGCUCACGGCAGUUGCGCGAUCGUGACAGUACUGACGUAUUAUUAAAAACAAUCGAAAUUGUUAGAAACACGAAGUAGCAGUAUCAUUGGCAGAAGUUUGCAUUCAUUUGAUCGUUCAAUUACAGUAAGUAAAAGUUUCUUAUUUAAAACAUUAGUGACAGAAUAUAAAUGUUUAAUAGACCAUCGUAUCAGUAUUAAAAACAAUAUUAAAUGUUUAGCACUGUUUUGAAUGAUUGGAUGAAUUAUAUAAAACAAUUGUAUAAUUGAAAAAGAGGCAAAAGAAAAUUUUGUACGAUCAAAAUAUCAUUAAAUGUGAUACAGAAAAUGAUAUCUACUAUUACAUUUCACAGAUAAUAUUGUGUUUCACAAUAUUAAAAAAAUCGUAAACGUAAAUCUGUUGACUUGCCCGAUUCACGAUGCAUCACGUUGUUUUACUUCUUUAAUGUUGAAAUCAUAUAAAACACCGAAUAGCAAUGCCAUACUUUAAUAAUAAACUGUAUA